AUGCCCAUGCUCUACCCAAAACUGCGCGUGCACCAGGUCUUUGGCGCCAACACCGAUGUCGGCAAGACACUGCUAACCACGGCACUGAUCCGCUCCGCCGCGAGCCGAGGCAACCGCGUCUCCUACCUCAAGCCCGUCAGCACCGGCCCCGAAGCUGACUCGGACGAGGCCUUCGUGCGGCGUCACACCGCACCCUAUACGGAUCUGGUACAGACUCGGUGCCUGUACCAGUACCGUGAGCCGAUGAGCCCUCACCUCGCGGCGCAACUCGCGCCCGACCUCCCCUUCCCAGCUAGCAACGACGUGCUCGUCCGCGGCGUACAGAAAUAUAUCCAAUCCGCGUCUCUUUCAGACGGGCACGUGUUCGUCGAGACGGCUGGCGGCGUACACUCGCCCGCCCUACACCCGCCACACACGCAGGCGAGCUCGCUGCGCUCACUCCGCCUCCCGUCGGUUCUGGUAGCAUCGCCCCAUCUGGGCGGCAUCUCGACCACGCUCGCGAGCUACGAGUCCCUCUUGCUCCGCGGAUAUGAUGUGGCAGCAGUGCUGUGCCUCCACGACAGCUACUACCGGAACGACGACUUCCUGCGGCCCUACUUUGAAGAGCGCGGGAUCGGGUUUUGGGACGUCGCGCGGCCGCCCGAGAAGCGCGGGAGUGUGGCCGAGGACGCGGUGCGACUCGGCGAAUGGUACGCCUCCAUUGAGGGGGAGGGGAAGGGUGAGGAGGGAGGCGGUGUGGGCCCCACUGUGCAGCACCUUGAGGAGACGCAUGCCCGCCGCGUCGAGGAGAUCGCCGGGAUGCCGGCUCGCACGCUCGACAGUGUGUGGUGGCCGUUCACGCAGCACAAGCUCGUGAACCGCCCCGAGCAGGUGAUGGUGAUUGACUCGGCACACGGCGACCACUUCGACGCGUACUACGCUAAAUCUACCAAGGCCGAGCAGCCGAAGGAGGGCCGGCCGGCCGAGAGCCUCCUCGAACCUUACUUCGACGGCGCUGCGUCCUGGUUUACCCAGAGCCACGGGCAUGCCUCCGAGCCUCUGACGCUGGCGGCCGCCGCCGCGGCAGGGCGGUACGGCCACGUUCUGUUCCCGUCGGGAACCCACGCUCCCGCCCUGGAAUUGGCCGAGAAGCUCCGCGACACAGUGGGGGCGGGUUGGGCCGCUCGCGUCUUCUACAGCGAUAACGGCAGUACGGGCAUUGAAGUCGCGCUCAAGAUGGCGCUCCGCGCGUCGGGGAGACGAUACGGUUGGGAAGGCGAGAUCGGGGGCGAUGUCGGCGUGAUUGGCCUUCGUGGAGGCUAUCACGGAGACACGAUUGGAGCCAUGGACGCGACGCCUGCGAGCACGUUCAACACUGCCGUUGACUGGUACAAGGGGCGUGGACACUGGUUCUCGCCUCCUGCGGUGCUGGUGCAAGACGGCGUGGCCACCGUAUCUACCACUGCGCCCGAUGUCUGGGCGCCACUCCCUGACGCUACUCCAACCAAGGAGGGAUGGGCAAUGCCCUUCCCCUCCCUCGCGGACGUGUACGACCUGCCAGCGCGCCGCAGCUCCCCUCUGGCCACGUACUACCGUCAACAUGUGCGGGAGACGCUGAAGCGCCUCGCGGCGGAAGGCCGGCAGUUCGGUGCGCUCGUGCUCGAGCCGACAUGCCUCGGCGCUGGAGGGAUGGUGUUUGUCGACCCCCUCUUUCAGGCUUGUCUCGUGGACGUGGUGCGCGCAAGUGAAGACCUCUUCUCAGGUCAGCCCGAUCGAGGGGCGUAUGAGGCCGCUCUCGCUGCCCUUGAGAAGCGCAACCCGGCGGAGUGGCAGGGUGUACCGGUCAUCUACGAUGAGGUCUUCUCUGGCCUUUACCGCUUCGGGUACCACUCGGCUGCGUCGGUGCUUGGAACUACCCCAGAUAUCUCAGUAUACGCCAAGAUCCUCACGGGUGGCCUCCUCCCGCUCUCAGCCACACUCGCUUCGCGGUCCGUGUUCGACGCGUUCCUCUCCGACCGCAAAGUCGACGCCCUGCUCCACGGACACAGUUACACUGCCAAUCCCGUCGGAUGCGCUGUUGCCCUCAAGGCUCUGGGUAUGAUCGAGGACGCUGAACGGGGCGACAAGUGGGCUGCCCCGCGCAAGGACUGGGCCGCGGAGCGCUGGUCCUUCUGGCGUAAGGACUUCCUUGAGGAGGUGUCCCAAGCACCAGGGGUGAAGGGAUCCAUGGCCAUGGGUACCGUCCUUGCCAUUGAGCUGCAGGACUCUGAGGCCGACUACGCGUCGCAUGUUGCGCAAGGAUUCCUUGACCGGCUACGUGCGAAGCAGAUCGGUAACCCGGCUUUCCGUGUUCACUCGCGACCGCUUGGAAACGUCGUAUACGUCAUGACGUCGCUGUUCACGCCCGCCGAGACGGUGCGCGCGAUGGAGGCGGCCAUCCUGCGUGAGCUCAAAUAG